AUGGCCAAGGACGACACAGAGUUGCAGCGCGUUGACUCGUACCAGUACCCCGCCGCGCACCUGGGGCACCUUACCGCAAACCAGCAGGCCGCCCUGGACAAAUUCAAAGACCUGUGCAAGGAUGCCGGCUACUACCGCCCGACCGGUGUUGACGGCAAGAAGAUUGCGAGCCAUGACGACGAGACGAUGCUCCGCUACCUGAGGGCUCGCAAGUUUUCUCCGCCCGAGGCCCUGAAGCAGUUCAAGGACACCGAAGACUGGCGCAAGGAGAACAGUCUCGCCGAGCUGUACGACACCAUCGACGUCACCGAGUACGAAGAAACGCGCAGAUUAUACCCCCAAUGGACCGGCCGCAGAGACAAGCGCGGCAUCCCCGUCUACCUGUUCGAGGUCGCCCACCUUAACUCCAAGAACAUGGCCGCCUACGACUCCAGCCACAAAGAGCAAGCCUCCAAGGCCUCGGACAACAAGGUCCCCACCAAGAUGCUGCGCCUGUUCGCCCUCUACGAGAACCUGACCCGCUUCGUCAUGCCGCUGUGCUCCGCUGUCCCCGGGCGCGCCCACCCAGAGACGCCCAUCUCGCAGAGCAACAACAUCGUUGAUAUUUCGCACGUCGGGCUGAAGCAGUUCUGGAACUUGAAGGGACACAUGCAGGAUGCUAGCACCCUGGCCACUGCCCACUACCCGGAGACUUUGGACAGGAUAUUCAUCAUCGGCGCCCCCUCCUUCUUCCCCACCGUCUGGAGUUGGAUCAAGCGCUGGUUCGACCCGAUCACCGUGUCCAAGAUCUUCAUUCUCACCGACAAGAACAUGAAGGAGACGCUCGAGCAGUAUAUUGACGUCGAAAACAUCCCCAAGAAGUACGGCGGCAAGCUGGACUUCGAGUUCGGCGACAUGCCCGUCCUUGAGCCCCAGAUCGCCGAGCGCUUGAAGUUCGUGAACCCCAGCGUGCAGAAGGGCGCCAACACCAUCCCCACCGGCCCCGUCAAGUGGGAGGAGUCGCCCGGCGGCGCUGUGCAGGCCGUGGCCGUGGGCAGCGAAGGCGGCAAGCCGCGCCGCCAAAUCGUCGCCGAGCUGCAAGCCGACACCAGCCUGAAGGCUAUGCACGCCAGCGCCGUCGCCGGCGUCACCCCCGUCUACGAGAAGGCCGACCCGCUGGCCACCACCACCGGCACCUACACCCAACCCGCCGACGACACGAAUGGCGAGAUCAUCGAGACGCCGCCGAGCGACAACACCCCGGCCGACUCGGUGUCGGGGAAGGUGAAGGAGGAGGAAGAGCCCAAGGCUAACGGUGCCGCCGCCGUCAGUGCUACUGACGACGCCACCAGAACCGGUACGUCUGAAACUCGCUUCGCGGACCAGGCCGACACUCAUGCGCACAACCAGCUUAAGGAGGGCACGCCUCAUGACGCCGUCAACGACCACGGCCAUGGCGACAAGACGGUCACCAUGGAGCCCGGCACCAUCGGCCAGGCACCCAAGGACGUUUCGCAGCCGCUGCCCUCAGCAGAUAACGAUGGUGGUAAGGAGGCCCCCGGCUACAUCGAUCAGGCUAAGGGCGCGGCGGCGGCGGUGGCGGAGAAGGCGGGUGCGGUAGCUAGUGCGGCGGCCGGGCUGGUAAGCGGCGGCGCAGGCAGCGAAAAGAAGGAGGAGGUUGUUGAAGAGAAGAAGGAGGAUGAGAGGGUUGAUAAGAUGGAUGGGAAGCAGGUUGAGGACUUCUUGCGCGAGAAGAACGGAAGUCAUCCGACGACGUCUGCGUAG